AAUGUAUAUGUGCUCAUAGAAGCAUGAGGCUUGACAGAGGUGACAUUGAAGGCUUUGUAAAUCUUUUGUUUUCGUGUCACGCAUAAAAAUGGACAAGAACAAGAACAAAAAGAGACACAAGGCUUUGCUGGAACAGCAGGACCAGUAAUUCUUCAAAAAGCUCUGUUUUUAUCAGGUUCCCAAAUCACACUACAGAUCUCAAUCUCAGAAGUUUGCCAUCUACCGUCAACCUCCAUGUCAGUGGCCCCGGUACAAGUUACAACAUCUCCCAAGGAGGAAAUCUCUGCCAGUGGGGACUCUCCAGAGGUGGAAUGCCCCGUGUGCUACCAGGAAUAUGAUCAGGAUCGUAAACUCCCACGUAUGCUAGAAUGUCUCCAUGUUUUCUGCACCGAAUGCCUUCAUAAUAUCCAGCUGUCUCCUCUCCACCCACCUGAUCCCAACAGCCCUCCAUCCAUCUCCUGUCCCUUGUGCCGCCACUCCACCCCACUAGAAGGUGGCGAUGCACACUCCCUCCCGUGCAACUCCCGUAUCCUUGCACAUCUACCUCCUGUAACUUUUCGUCUGCCUGUGUCAGUCUCCACCCGGAUGGGUACUGUCACUCAAAGGGUGAUCCUGUCUCUGGAGUCACGAGAUGCCCGGUUUAUUAUUUUACCGACAGUCAGCCUACGGGUGGAGCAGAUGGGCGAGGUCUCAAGCACCCCCGAGUCUUUAGCAGGUCCAGUGGAGGGGUUUAGGAGGAGAAAAAAUCUGAUGUGUGUCCAGAUGAUGGUUGUGAUAUUUUGGAUGCUUUUUGUCCUAGCCUGUGUGGUGGGAGUGCUGUUCGGCCCUAAUUUGUUCCAUAACUGAAAGAUGGAAAAAAAAAACAUAAUAUAAACUAAUUCAUCUAUUAUAUAAAAAUUGAAUGCAAAAUGAUUCAGAUUAAUUCACACAACCUCAAAAUCUACUGUAUAGUAUGGUAUUUUAUGUGUGUGUGUGUGUGUGUGUGUGUUUUAAUAAGAUUUGACAUGUUUGAAUUUCAUCACUACCUUCACUUUUGUAGCCUUAAUUCCAUUGCCAAAUUCUGUGAAUCCAUAUAGUAUGCCUUGGCUGUCAAAAUAUCUAUUUCUUCAUAACCUCCUGGAAUUCAGACAUUUAUUUCACAUUAUUUAAAUGAAUUCCAGUCUCCCUCCCAGAUGUAUACAUUUAAAAAAUUGUCAUUUUGGCAAAAUAUGAAAUGAAUCUAUCCGUACUCUACUGACUAUUGUGGUAACGAGCAGUACUAAGGGAGUGAAAUAAGAGAGACAUGCUGCCCUCUAGUGGAUAUUAUAGAAACAGCCAUUUGGGAAGAGUUUACACUAGCUGACUCUUCAAGGCUCAUGUUGUCUUUGGAAGAAUGAUGAUUCUAGCUUUAUUUAGUGAAAUCGCCUGUUGUGGUAUAUUAUUUUGAACCUUUAAGGAUAUUUUUCUGAUGUUACAUUUAACCCUCGUUUUCGGAGAGUUUAAUGAAUGAUGCUGUAGCAUAAGAGCUGGAUAAUGAACCCUUUUCAUUCAUGUGUUGUGGCCCUACCAGGACUGAUGUUUCUAAAAGUAUGUAAUAAAAUCAAUGUGGUUUAAAAUCUAAGUAGUGGUUAUGAUAUCUUAAUUAUAAGUAGUCUAGUCCAUAUGCAUUAAAACUGGUGGCACAUGGUCCUCAACUUUCUAAAUACAACCUUUUUAAAUAGAAUUUUGGAGUUGUCAAUUCAGUUCAAAACUCUGAAAUUUUACUUGAUUAAUGUGAUUAAUUACACUGCCCUUAUCUCUGUGUGUGUUAAGACAAUGAAUUGCCCAGGAGGGGCAAAAGAGCAUGCUGGGAUGGCACCUAAUUAUAAAUAGGACCAAGUUGUAUUUGCCGAAUAUCUAAUUUGACCCUUGUUGUGAAAUGACGUUGUACAUACUGUAUUAGCUUUAUGUUCCAUACGAGUGAUUUGAACAAAACAGCUGGAAUAUAUAACAAUAAAGAUAUUCUAAACUUGA